UUGUUUUUAUACAGAACUUUUUAGAAAAUCUAUUUCAAGCAAUAACAUACAUACUUUUUAGAAGAACUUUUCAAUCCAGUUACUUUUUUUUUAAAGCUAAAGCAUUUUAUUGAUUGCUUCUUCCUGCUUGUUUUUUUCCGUUAAUUCUUUUUUUUAUUAGUAAAGCGCUCUACGUCAAAAUGGUAUUAACUGUUUCACGGAUAAUCGUCGACUGCUUGAGAUUUUUUAUAGUUUCUAAGUAAAUGUAACAAAUUACCGCCGUGUUAUAAUUGUUGUCAAAUUCUUGAAAAUGAUCACAAAUGAAUCAAGUAACAAAUUUUCGGCGAUUUCUCGCGUCAAUUCCCGGGGCUACACACACGAUGAGUAUGCUGAAGUUCUUUGGACUGUGUAUAACGAAUUUCUUAAAGAAGACCCACAAGUAAAACAAAGCGCAUUGAAUGCAUAUAAGGAAUCUCUAGCCUAUGAAAAUGAUGAUCAUAAGCUUUUACGUAAAUUACCUACAACGUUUGAAGGCACUGUAAAUAGGAGAGCCCCACUUAAUCCUUUGGCAUCCCCUCGUAUGGGGAAAUUUCGAAAAAAAGGAGCACAGAAACAGAAGAAAGUGUUUGACCCCGCAUUAAAAAAUAAUCCUUUAAGAGGGCGUUUAGUUAUGCUAUUAACAUCGUCGGCUGUUUUAUUGUUUGUCUUUUUACAAUCUCUAUGUUUAAACAAAACGGAAAAUGCUACAUUUCAUGAUAGUAGCGAGGCCAAUGGGCUUAUUGGAGCUUCUGCAGAAGUUCUGUUAAAAUUAGGAGGUUUAAACGUUAAUCACAUUCGAAAUAAAGGCGAAACGUUCCGUAUUUUUUGGUCCAUGUGGAUGCAUGCUGGGUGGAUACACUUACUUUUAAAUGUCUUAUCUCAACUCCAAUAUUUGUUUAUGUUUGAACCUGAUUGGGGAAUGCUACGCGUUAUGAUUAUAUAUUUUGUUUCCGGUGUGACAGGAAAUUUAAUGUCCGCUAUAUGUAACCCAUGCACUACGACAGUAGGCUCAUCAGGGGCACUUUUUGGUCUCAUGGGUGCCAUGAUAACCUAUUGCUUAGAAUUUUGGUCCAGUAUUCCAAGACCUCGUUUUCUUCUAGGAUUUUCUCUUGUCGUGGUAAUUCUUUCACUCAUAACGGGUUUCACAUCUAAAACUGAUAAUUGGGCUCAUAUGGGAGGACUCUUCGGAGGAUUAUGUAGUAGUUUAGCAACAAUACCUACAGCCAAUAUUUGUGGUUCCGUUGUAAAAUUGAAAAAAAAAAAUAACGGCCACAAUGACAAGAAUAAAGUUCAAUCGGAAACUCUUGCAUCGUAUAUAGAUCCGCCUAAAAAAGUCUUACGCCGUGGACGAAUUCUUCGUUUUUGUCAAACACGAUGCUUUCCUAAAUAUAGUUGUGGGCCGUGGGAAUGGAUAUUAAGAUCUGUACCUCUUGUAUUAUUAAUUGGACUAUGGUGUUUUUGUUUCUUGCUUAUUUAUGUUUCAUUUGAAUAUACACCAGUUGGUCAAUUAACAUUCAAAGGAUUUAUGAAUUGCGAAUGUGGGUAUAUUAAAGGAACAAAUGAAUGGUACUGCGAAAGUGUCAGUGAGUAACAAACAUGCUGACCUUUUGGCGUAUCACAAGAUACACUAUCUUUUCAACCAAGAUAUUUAGUAUAAUUUUGAGUGUAUCUUCAAUAUCCGUUUUUUAUGUAUUUUAAUUCAUAUAAUUCACCAUUCUCACCUCAUAAGCCCUUUUAUAAAUUUGUUAAUGCUUCUAUAGCGAUUUCCGCCAGAUUGAUAAUUUUCUUUUUCGUAGCUUUGAUUGGUCGUCUUAGUAUUUCUAUAUUUACGAUAGGAAGGAUUUAAAAAAAAAAUUUGUUUUUCAUAAGAACUCAUUUUGUAUUAUAGGAAAAAAAAUAUUACUUUAUUUGAAGCAAUAUAGGCAAAAGGUUGCUGUAUAUGAGUUGAUUUGUGAAUAAAACAAACAAGGGAUUUUUUGAGUACAAUUCAGGUGCGAAUGGCGAGUGUAAAAUUACUCAUUUUCAAUGUACUUUAAAAGAGUGGUUAUAAUAAAGAAUAACAUCAUUUUCAUCUUUCGCUAUUCUUUGCACUCAUAAUAGAGUACUAUUGAGAUCUUACUUUUUAAACAAAAAUUAAACAACAUUAAGAAAAAAAAAACA